GCCGGUGUAGGGACCGGCCGCGGCCGCCAGGUGUCGCGGCGCGCUGCCGGUUGCCAUGGUGCGCGCUCCCGGCCGGUAAACAGCGGCGGCGGCGGCGGCGGCUGGAGCGGAGCCGAGCCGAGGGUCAGCGGCAGCACUUCUGGAUCCAACCUCCAAGAACAACAGAACAGUGAUCUGAAGGUCACGAUGGCCAUGUCCAACCUGGAGAUGCAGCUGCACAGUGCCCAGAAGAACUUGCUUUUCCUGCAGCAGGAACACGCCCACACGCUGAAAGGCCUGCACUCUGAGAUCCGCAAACUGCAGCAGCAUUGCUCUGAGUUGGCCUUUGAACUGACAAUGAUGUCGCCACCCCCGGAACAGGCAGGGAAUGGUGAUUCAAGAAGUGAGGAAUUGAAGAAAAAGUAUGAAGAGCUGGAAACGCAACUUAAAGCUAAAGAAGAUGAAAACAAUGAAUUACUGAAGGAUUUGGAGAAGAAGAAUGCUGUAAUCCUGGUUCUGGAGAAUACAAUGAAGGAACGAGAGAAGAAGUACCUGGAGGAACUGAAGCUGAAGGGUCACAAGCUUGGCAUGUUGUCCAGCGAGCUGGAGCAGAGGGCCAGCACCAUCGCCUACCUCACCUCUCAGCUGCAUGCCACCAAGAAGAAGCUCAUGGCAUCGAGCAGCGGGGCCACAGACACUUCGUCCACUGCUGGGUCUGCUACCUCCAACUAUAAACCAUCUCCACCCAAGGACAAGAUGCCAGAAACUCCACGGCGCAGGAUGAAGAAGAGUCUCUCGACUCCAUUGAACAGUGAGUUUGCAGAGGUUUACAGACUUGGGACUGACGGGAGAAAGCUUGUUCUGCGAUCUGAGCCUUUGGACGCCAUGCCAGACCCAACGCCUUUUCUCCAGGGACGGGGGGAGUCCGAGUUGCAUCUGAUGAAGGAGAAGCCUUUACCGAUUCCACCCAUUCCCUCCGAGCGGGGCUCUGUGGAGCACCAUAGCCCAGCCAGAGACAAGCAACACAAGCCCCAUCACAUCGGUGUGGCACAUCGAAUCCCACACCAGGCUCAGGCUGCAGUGGAAAUGUUGGCAGUGGACCAGGUUAAUGAUGGGAAGGUGGUUAGGAAGCACUCGGGGACAGACAGAACUGUGUAAAAAAAAAGACAAAAAAAAAUCUAUGCUUCUCUUGGCUUAGUUGCUUUUAUAAUUGUGCACAAAUAUAGACUAAACUUCACGCAGCAACUUUUUUUAAAUUUUGUUUUUAAUGAUAGGAAAUAUAAAUGCCAAACACUUGACAGUUUACCAGAAAGCAGUUUUGUUCAAUUUUUUUGUAGUUAAUUGUCAGCCCAAUGUAUAAUCUGCUGCUUGCUUCUACCAAUAAUCAAAUUGCACUAGUGGUCCGAGGAAAACAGCCACCCUGAGCAGCUAGAAUCACGAAAGAGAAGGAAGCUUGAAUAAACAAUACUAACACAUCCAAUCAGCAAAACCAAUAUUAAUGGUUGAAGGCCCUGAUGAGGUGACUGAUAUAUUCCUUGACAUCUGCGUGUUGUGCACCUCUUGACAAAGCUGAGCUGGCAGCAUGUUAACCAUUGCCUGUCUGUAUGUAAUGUGCUGUGACCAUACUGGAACAAAUAUUCACAGACUUAUUCAGGUCAUUACAUUUAUACAAAGUUCGAUUUUGUAAUCUAAU